AAUGUGUGGCAAUGAGGCGUGAAUGAUGAUAUAUAUUUACUUUCCCUUUACAUUUUUCUCUCUUUAAUUGAGAUAUUAUUCACUGUCAUUUUCCAGUCUAAUUUCUUUGAACGCAAGUUUGGUACAGAGAGAGACAUCAGCCAUGGGCCAUGGGUGUUGAACAGAAUUGUUCGGUCCAGUAUUAAAAUUCAAGGAAACUUGGAAAAGCUGUGGAAUCAGGUUCUUUAGAUCUAUGAUUAACAAACAGGCUGAUACAAACACUCCACCGCACUUUCACCGCCACACCCUCUUCCUUGUCUCCUCAGUUUUUGACUGGUUUCAUAUGAUUCAUCGUUAGUUGUGCUUUCUUUGCUUUCUCUCUCAUAAGGGCUUGACCCCCCUUUCAUUUAUUGCAUACACCUCCUUUGUCCUCAUUUUCCCUUAUAAAAUCCAAAAACUCUGUCGCACCGACAUACAAAUUCAUCUCUCCCCCUCUCCGUCUCCCAAAGUUACCGACAUUUUUAAUGGGUAUCCGAAACUUUUGAGGUUCAUCAAGGAUUCUGGCAGUUUGGUCUCUAGCAAGACAACUUCAGGCUGACCCUUUACAAAGGGGGAUCUGGGUGUCGUAGAGAUUGGGUUUUAUGUACAUUUCUGUUCAAAUCUGGGUCUGAGGUACCAUAAUCACUUCUGGGUGUGGGUGAUUCUGGGAGUUUCUUGAAAUAAAGCCGAAAGGGUAUCCAAGAAUCGUUCCAAUUUGUGCGAAUUUCGGUUCUCUGUCAUUUUCCAGCUCCUAUACUAGAAAUUGACAUAAUGGUGGCAGGAAACGGGCUGUAUUUCCCAAUUCUUGGUUUUGCCUCAUGUGUGGCUUUCAUUUACAUGUCAUUUGGGGACUUCAUCCUCGGUUACCAUAAAGAACCAGAGUUUGGUUUUGUGGGGAGGAAUGGGACUCAGUUCAUGUUGGAUGGAGGACCCUUUUACAUUAAUGGGUGGAACUCUUACUGGUUAAUGGACCAUGCCGUGGAUGAAUAUAGAAGACCAAGGAUCCGGGCAAUGCUGAAAGCCGGUGCAAAUAUGGGUCUCACCGUGUGCAGAACUUGGGCAUUCAAUGAUGGUGUUUACAAUGCCCUUCAGAUUUCCCCUGGUCAGUUCGAUGAGCGAGUUUUCCAGGCACUAGAUCAUGUCAUUGCAGAAGCAAGACAACAUGGGAUCAGGUUGCUUCUUAGCUUAGUAAAUAACUUGCAGGCAUAUGGUGGGAAGACUCAGUAUGUCAAGUGGGCAUGGGAAGAAGGCAUAGGUUUAAGUUCCUCAAACGAUUCCUUCUUCUUUGAUCCAUCCAUCCGCAUUUAUUUCAAGAAUUACAUCAAGACUGUCCUGACAAGGAGGAACACCAUUACUGGAAUUGAGUAUAGAAAUGAUCCCACCAUCUUUGCCUGGGAAUUGAUAAACGAACCCCGUUGCAUGUCUGAUGCUUCUGGCGAUACUCUUCAGGAGUGGAUAGAAGAAAUGUCUGCUUUCGUGAAAUCAGUUGACAAGAACCAUCUAUUGACGGUUGGCCUGGAAGGGUUUUACGGUCCGAAAAGCCCCAAAAGCUUGACCGUGAACCCAGAAGCGUGGGCGUCCAGGCUUGGAUCUGAUUUUAUUCGCAACUCCGAGGUCCCUUACAUUGAUUUUGCUUCUGUUCACAUCUACCCAGACCAUUGGUUUCACGAGCAAGAAUUAGCAGACAAACUCAAAUAUGUCUCCAAGUGGAUGCUUUCGCACAUUGAGGAUGGAGACAAAGAGCUGAAGAAACCUGUCAUGUUCACUGAAUUUGGAUUGUCAAACCUGAAUAAGGACUUCCAACCAGCUCAGCGAGAUAGGUUUUACAAAACUGUUCUAGAUAUCGUCUAUAAAUCUGCAAAGAGAAAUCGGUCUGGGGCAGGUGCUUUAAUCUGGCAGUUCUUUGUUGGAGCAAUGGAGGACUAUAAUGAUGACUUUGGUAUUGUUCCAUGGCAAAGGCCUUCGACGUAUAGGUUGAUAACCGACCAAUCAUGCAGGUUGGCUAGAAUCAAGGGACUGAGUCAACCAAAGGAAGAUUUAAAAGAAUUGUGCUUACAGAAACAGUGAAGGCGAGAUUCUUUCAUCAGGAAAUUUGAUUUGUUUGUGGGGGAAUCUGGGUUCUUAUUUAUAUGGCUUGGUGAUGCUUUAAAGGAGGGAAGCAGAUCACUGUUUUUGUGCCUUUUUCUUCUCAUGUCCAUACAUAUUAUAUACUUAAGAUUAAAGUAUUAGAUGAGGAUAGAGUGUUCUUGAAUCACAGUUUACAGGUACUAUUGUAACUUGUAUUAAUUUUUUGAAGCUUGUUUCCAGAAAAGAAAAUGCAGUUAGAGCAGAAACUCUUUGAACUUCUAA